AUGGAAGAAAAAUUGGGUAUGGCGAGAGUAGGAGAGGGGAAGAAAAAUGAACGGUUUGAUGGAGGUGUUCCACCGGGCUACAAGUUCUGUCCCACUGAUGCUGAGCUUAUCGUUUAUUACCUUAAAAGGAAAAACCUUGGCCAACCUCUUCCACCUAAUAUUAUUGGUGAAAUAGAGUUGUACAAUCAUAGCUCAGAUGAACUUGUACGUUUAUAUCUCACCAUGCAUGGGACUGAAAGAGAUGCAGAUUACUCGAUGAGCAGGAAAAGGAAAGAAUGUUACUUCUUUACUUCUAGAGAUAAAAAAUACAGGAAGGGAGAGCGUCCUAGACGGGACGCCGGAAACGGCCUCUGGAAAGCUACGGGUGCAGAUAAUCCUAUCAUUGAUAUGAAUGGUGUUGAUACUGGUGGGGUUAAGAAAACAUUGGUUUACUACAUAGGAAAUCACAAGGCUUCGGACAAAAGCAAUUGGAUCAUGCAUGAAUAUCGAUUGGAAAAAACACCAGAAACCAUGGUUAGAAAUGAUGGCAAUAUGAGAUUGGACGGUUGGGUUCUUUGUAGGAUUUACGAAAAGAAUGAAAAGAAAGAUAGCAGUGAUAACCUCUGUUGGGGACAAAAGGGCGAACCAGAUAUUCGCAUCAACAACCUCAAUGAAAUAAAAGAUGAAGAAGUAAAUGCUGUAAUCUCUAACGAACCGCAAAGUACAGAAGCAAGUCCCACAAUUUCUAAUAACAAAGGCAAUUUCCAUGACUGGUUAGUUAGAACAAAUGCAGCAAUUUCUAUUGAAGAUGGAGGCCAACAUCCUAAAAAUGAGCCGCGUUUCAUUAAAAAUUUCAACAACUGGCUAGACAGAUCAUAUGCAGCAAUUUCUACUGAAGAUGGAGGUGAACAUCUCAAAAGCGGCCUGCGUUUGAUGACAGCUUAUGCAAACCCCAUUUCAGCUUUGGCAAGCUCUAGUUGCCAACCUGAGGUAAAUCCAACAGCUUCUAACAACAAUGAAAAUUUCGAGAACGGGCUAGUAGAAUCAUAUGCAGCAAUUUCUACUGAAGAUGGAGGUGAACAUCUUAAAAGCAAGCCGGGUUUGAUGACAGCUGAUGUUAAUCCCAUUUCGACUAUAGCAAGUAGCAGUUACCAACCUGAGUGUCUUAACCAAUAUUAUGUCCCGUUUGAAGGCUUAUUAGCGGAAGAAUAUGAGUACUUCCAUUACUUAAUCCAUUCAUUUCCCUAG